UGAAUAUGUAAGCGCCAGGAAGAUAUUUAAACAGGCGGGCGCCACGCACAGGUUCCAGUCCCGCGCAGCCCGCCCGCCUGCCCAUAGCGGUCCUAGUUCCGAGGCCCGGCCCCUUCGCUCCAGUCCAUCCCUGCGUGCGGAAGCGUCGCCAGCAUGUCUGACAAACUGCCCUACAAAGUCGCGGACAUCAGCCUGGCUGCCUGGGGACGAAAGGCUCUGGACAUCGCAGAGAAUGAGAUGCCAGGCCUGAUGCGCAUGCGGGAGAUGUACUCUGCCUCCAAGCCACUGAAGGGUGCCCGCAUUGCUGGCUGCCUGCAUAUGACCGUGGAGACCGCUGUCCUCAUUGAGACUCUGGUUGCCCUGGGUGCUGAGGUGCGGUGGUCCAGCUGCAACAUCUUCUCCACUCAGGACCACGCGGCGGCUGCCAUUGCCAAGGCUGGCAUUCCAGUGUAUGCCUGGAAGGGUGAAACGGAUGAGGAGUACCUGUGGUGCAUUGAGCAGACGCUGUACUUCAAGGAUGGGCCCCUCAACAUGAUUCUGGACGAUGGCGGUGACCUUACCAACCUCAUUCACACUAAGUACCCACAACUUUUGUCGGGCAUCCGAGGCAUCUCUGAGGAGACCACAACUGGGGUCCACAAUCUAUACAAGAUGGUGGCCAAGGGGAUGCUGAAGGUCCCUGCCAUCAAUGUCAACGACUCUGUCACCAAGAGCAAGUUUGACAACCUCUAUGGCUGCCGGGAGUCCCUCAUAGAUGGCAUCAAGCGGGCCACAGACGUGAUGAUUGCGGGCAAGGUUGCGGUUGUAGCAGGCUAUGGCGAUGUGGGCAAGGGCUGUGCCCAGGCCCUGCAGGGUUUUGGAGCCCGUGUCAUCAUCACUGAGAUUGACCCCAUCAACGCACUGCAGGCUGCCAUGGAGGGCUAUGAGGUCACUACCAUGGAUGAGGCCUGUCAGGAGGGCAACAUCUUUGUCACCACCACGGGCUGUGUGGACAUCAUCCUUGGUCGGCACUUCGAACAGAUGAAGGAUGAUGCUAUUGUGUGUAACAUUGGACACUUUGAUGUGGAGAUUGACGUGAAGUGGCUUAAUGAGAAUGCUGUGGAGAAGGUGAACAUCAAACCCCAGGUGGACCGCUAUCGGCUGAAGAAUGGGCGCCGUAUCAUCCUGCUGGCUGAAGGCCGGCUGGUCAACCUGGGCUGUGCCAUGGGUCACCCCAGCUUUGUGAUGAGUAACUCCUUCACCAACCAGGUGUUGGCACAGAUUGAGCUGUGGACCCACUCGGACAAGUACCCUGUUGGGGUUCACUUCCUGCCCAAGAAGCUGGAUGAAGCAGUGGCUGAGGCCCACCUGGGCAAGCUGAAUGUGAAGCUGACCAAGCUGACUGAGAAGCAGGCCAAGUACCUGGGACUGCCCCGUGAUGGCCCCUUCAAGGCUGAUCACUACCGCUAUUGAGAGCCCGAACCACCCUCACCUUCCAGCGGCCCCACUUCUUCCCAAAAGCAAAUGGCGCCAACUCUGCAAUUGCUUUCUCAGUGUCCUCUACGGACCCCUUGAGGCUGGUUACCCUUCUUCCUGUUGCAGGUGUAGCACGGGCAACUGAGAGGUCCCAGACAGGGUGGAGGUACGAAAGAGACCUCUACAUUGAACCAGGAGCUGUGGGGGUCUUGGAGGUGCUCAGUCAGCCACUCCUUAGGCUGGAAGUUGGUAGUGGUGGUCACAAAGGCCUUGUACGUCACCAUCCAGGCCGGCAUCUGGCCUAUGGACUUAGACUCGUGUGCUUGCUUUGCAGAUUUACUAAUUUCUCAGCCCAUGGAACUGUAUCAAAGGGCAAAGAAAAUCUCUGGGCGUUUAAAUGUUCCUGAGAGCUUGGAUUAUUCAGUGCUGGGGCUUCUCAUAAAUCUCAGAAUACUGAGGUUGGUCCUUUUAGACCCUGUUUCACAAUAUCCCUCAAUAGUCCAGAAGGGACAGAGAGGUGAUAGCCAGAGUUUAACAGGGGCCACAGUGACAUAAAAAACAGGCAUGGAUUUGCCAUCACAUUGUAAAAUGAUGGUUCCUACCACAACCCUGGGUCAAAAAAACUAAUUUGGUUCAUAAUGUUUAUAUAAUGUUUAGACUAUGAAAAGAAAGCAGGAAGGUGGGUAAAUAAAAAUUUUGGUGCCUGAAAGA